GCGGUCCGGCAGCAGGAGGCAGCGGGGAGGCUCCGCCGGCGGCCCCGCUCGCCCGUAGCUCAGUGGGGCAUGCCCGGCUCCAGGAUGCCGGCCUGGGGGAUCCUGCCCAUCACGCUGCCUGCCUUCACCAUCACCGGCAUGUGGAUCGUAUAUGCCAUGGCACUCUCCAACAACCACAUCUGCCCUGUCCACAACUGGAAUUACAAUCAGUCGUGUGACAUGGACGGCCCCAGCUCCUGCUGCACGCUGGAUCACAUCCCCCUCGUCAGCAAGUGUGGCACCCUGCCUCCCGAGAGCUGCUUCUUCAGCCUCAUCUGCAGCCUGGGCUCCUUCAUGGUCAUCCUGGUGGGACUGCUGCGCUACGCCCACCUCCUGGAGUGCCUGGGGCCAUCCCUGCUCAACACCCUGGGGCUGGCCACUGGCUGGGUCUGCGCUGCUGGCCUUACCAUGGUUGGCAACUUCCAGGUGGACCAUGCCAAGGUGCUGCACUACAUUGGGGCAGGGGUGGCCUUUCCGACCAGCAUGCUGUUCCUGCUCCUGCAGUCCAUCCUCACCUACCGCAUGGCCAAAACCCGAGGGCAGUACUGGACUGGCCACUUGCGAAGCAUCCUCACCACUGUGGCCUUCGUCACCCUCGUCUUCAGCGGCGUGUUCUUCAUCCAGGAGAGCUUUGUGCUGCAGCACGUGGCUGCUCUGUGCGAGUGGAUGUUCAUCAUCGAUGUCCUGGUCUUCUACGGCACAUUCACCUUUGAGUUUGGGGCCAUCUCCACAGACACCUUCCUGGUCCUUCUGAAAGCCAGCCGGGCUCCCAAAAGUUACAAAGACGAGAGCAGCAUGUCCAGCACAGCCCACAUCCACAGCCACGUGGAGGGCUUGGCUAUGGCCUGACCCCCACAGGAGGCAGCUCACAGUGGAGACUCCCAAACUGGGUUCUGACAAUAACUCCCCACCUUGAAUGUCUCUGAGACCCCAGCUGCCUUAGGGUGCUUGUGUGUAUGUCUGUGUGUGCACAUGUGUGCAUGUGGUGCCCUCCACUCUUGGCAGGAGCUGUGCCCAGGACUCCUCUGGCAGCUGGUGCCCUGCAGGAGCUGCCCCCUCCCUGCCCACAGGAUUUGGGGUCACUGUUGGGGUGCAGGGAUGCCAACCUGAUGCUAUCAGCAGAGCCAGGAUCUGUCCCAGAGCCUCUGGGGUAGCCUUGUCUGAGUCAGGGGCUGCUGCAGGCUAUCACACAGAGGCCCCCUUCUGUAAGUGUUGUGCAGGAACAGGGGGCUCACUCUUCCCUCACCACACAAACCUGGUAUGCUGGGAGAGGGGGAGAUCUCUCUUCUUCCCUCCUCCACAGGGGUACGGUUCAGCAAAACAGGCCUGUCAAGUAGGACUGUCAGAGGAGCCAAAAACCCAGAGUGCCUUUUCCCUUCCUUAGGAAGUUACAGCAGUGCCGGUCUGUCUGCACCCCCAGUCAGGAUGGCAGCAGGGGGUCUCUCCCUGCCUGCCUUCCUGGGUAGAGGCAGUGCCUCACACAGCUACAGGAUGACACCAGCAGCCCUGGCUGGACUCUGCUGGGCUCUUGAGCUCUUGCUGCUCAGGGCCUCACUGGCCUUCAGUUGAUGACUUUCCUGUCAUUUUUUUCGGCUUUGAGAAUUGCUGAGGCAGGUUUCACCUGCUGGGCCAUGCCAUUCCCGUGCUCCCAGCUAAUUUGGGAAGUGAGUCUCUGAAUUUACCGUCAUACCAAGGAUGUCUUGCAGGCACUGUGCCUGCAGAGCAGUGGAUUUCCCCUCUACCGCUGCCAACCGCAGCUGUCCCAUAGGGGAGCGUCCCAUCCGGGAUGGACAGCCACCAGCCCUCCCACCCAGGGAGCACAGGCACAGAAAGGGGAGGCACUUCUGUAGGAACAGGUAAGCGCAUGCCCUGCUCUGCUGGGACUCCCAAAUCCGUCCGCUGGUGCCUUGGCCAGCACCUGCCUGGUGGGAGCCCAUCCUGCUCAGUCUCUCAUCCUUAGGCUGAGCUGCAGCCCGGGGUGUCCUGGGCAGGGGGGUGAGUGUUGUGUGGUAUG